CUCUUUUACUCCCGCACAGCGGCUUAUCAAAGUGCCAAUAAGGGAAACAUGCACAGUUGACCUCAAGCUGCCGACUACUUGCACAAAAACCCCAACAACAACAUCAACAGAGUAAGCAGAAUUCUGCGCAAGUGCAGCCGACGUUGUAGUUGUUGUCUCUGCAAAACUGAACGAACGUGCGCAUCAUAAAGCACAAGAUGACACGAGAGCGGGAGAGCGCUGAAAUGGACAAAUAGUGAGAGAGCAACAGCACUGAAUCAAAAGAGAGCGCCAUCGUAGGCUGACUAAAAGCUGCGCGCGUCGUCGGUUAGUUAAGUUUAAGACGAGCAGCCGAAGAGAACGACCGCUGGGUGCGUCGGAAUGUAAAACGCGCCUCAAAUAUAGAAACAAAAAAAAAACGGAAAAACAGAAAAGCAGAAAAAGAAUCAAAACAAAAACAAACGAUUAAAGAAUUGUAAAAUAAAUAAAACGCUGCUGCUGCCUUGUGGGAGUAUCAGAUGACAGACAGUCUAAGAUAAAAAUACGCAAACCGUUGGAAUAUGUUUCGUUGUAUAUAAAUAUUAAAACAAGCUGUGCGGCAAAUUGCAAAACCAAAACCAAACUGACAGCACUUAACGAAAGUGUGUCGUGAUGUCAUGGUAAUUGUGUCGCUUAUCAAAGACUGAGAAACGAUAACAAUAAAUAGAGAAAAUCGAACAUAAAUAAAACAGCGGAAAAAGUCAAUAAAUACUCGCAAAAUCGAAAGUCAAAUUGCAAAUUGUGAUAAGAAACUAAAAGGAGAGGAUAAAUAAUGAUGUCGGACUACGAAAUGUAUCUGGAAACAGCCUGGGAAUGGAUGAGAUACUUUUCCUACCUCAUGGUGACCUAUGUCCUGCUGACACUUCUUCCGAAAUCCCUCAAGCGAAUGAAGCGCUUUGCGGAUGCGGACUACGAGGCGAAUCGUCAAAGAUUCCAUCGUUGCUAUGGCCCCGAUCUCUGUUGCCACGCCCACCUGCAGGGACAGGAGGCGCCUGUCAAGCAGAAGCAAAGGAAACCCGUUACGCGUGUUUAUCCCAAGCGACAGCAGCCGCAGGUAAAGGAGGAAGUCACUGUGGCGCCACCUGUGGUCAAGCGGAGCAAUGUCACCAAGAUUGCGCGCAUGUUCGAGACGGGAAACGCGACGCGGCAGGUGAGCCGAGUGCUGCCCGAGAUUCGCAUGUUUGGAGCCAGCGAGGAGUCCAACGAGUCCACGCCAUGUGCCUCACGCAAGGGCAGCAUUGCCACACAGCUGUCGGCGCAGUUGCAGCACAUCGAACACGCCAUGCAGCUGUGGCAGGAACACGAGGAGGAGCAGCAACACCAACAGCAGCAUAAAUCCUCCAAGAUUAGCGACUGGGAGCCCAUUGCGGUGCCUCUGCCAGCGAUAAGACGCACGCGCGGCACCUCAGCCACGCCCUCGACCGCCUCCCCGUUGUCCAGCAGCCCGGAGCCCGCUUCCCCUGUGCUGCUGCGCCAACCGCCCGCCUUGUGCCUCAAGUCCAGCAUGGAGGACAUCUUCCAGGCCAUUGCACGGAGUGCUGAGGAGUCUGUGGGCAGCAACAGUCUGUCCCCCAUCCAAGUCACCUGCAUCGACGAUAUACUCUCGGAGCGUAGAUUCUCGAGGCCCCUCUCCGCGUACUCCAUCACGGAUCUGCUCAACGAGGAGCAGGAAUCGAUCUAUGUGAAUGAGACGACGCUGCAACCGGUGGCCACAAGUUGAGGGGCAGCUGGAUGAGAUCCAAGUGGAUCAGUUAGUCACCUGUUCACCUGUUCAGUUCAGUUCAGUUAGUCGUGCCAUCGAAAGACUUCCUGCCCCGCCCACCGCCCGUCUCUGUUACUCUCUCCCUCUCUCUGCCGCUCUUCGUACUUCAAUCCGUCAUUCGCCUUUGUUCGAAAUGACUCAGAGAGUAAAUGAAUAGCACUCGCAAUGCGAAUGAACGAAUGCAAUAAAUGCACUCACAUUUUGUUGUUGUUAUAUUUAUGUGCAAUAUGCCACGCCCCCUGCCCAUUGCCCCACUUCUCCCACUCCUACCCCUGACAACAGUUGUUUUUGUUGUUUAACAACUCCCAUUUCCCCAUUUGCAUUUGGUUUGUUUAAUUAAAGAAAACUUAAACAAAUUCAAAAUAGCAUUGGAAAUCAAUCAAAACAGAAAGUAAAAUUUACAUUUGAUUUUUGUUGUACUUAUGCUUAAUUAAUAAUUUAUAAUAAUAUUGUAAUACAAUGCCAAACAAGAGUAUAUCAACUAAAAUCUCAAGUGACGUCACGAGAAUUGUAAAUACGCAAAUAAACACAUAAACUUAAUAAUAUUUUUAUAAAAUACUUAUAUAUAUUAUAACGAUUUCACUAUGAAUUUCUAGUAUUAUUUAGUUCAACUGUAAACUGCAAUAAUUAUACAAUUAUAAUACGUAAAUAUAUAUACUUGAAUAAAAUU